GUUUAAGAAAACAUCUCCAUUCCUUAGCCAGGAGUAAAGCUAGUUUGCUCUGCAUUCUCUGGAUUUCUUACCGAAGAACUCUUAGUAAUGAAUCACUGGGUAAAAUUAAUGAUCUUAAAUUAGCUGGGCUCAGAAUCUGUAAUUAUCAAGACGAACAGAACUUAUCUGUAGAUAAGUGGGAUAUUAUUAUAGUCCAGGUUGAGAGUCUUUCUCGUAUAGAGUUCUCAGCCCGUCCGAUUGUAGCUAUUUUAGACGAAGCUAAUGCAAUUCAUCGCCAAAUGAGUAGUGGUGUAAAUGCACGAGAAUCUGAGAGUGCGAUGCGUGACGUACUAAAAACGGCCCAGCAUGUACUCGCAAUGGAUGCCUUUGCAAAUGAGUCGACCCUAAACUUCCUCAAAGCCUAUCGUGGAGAUGAUAUUCGGGUGAUCGAUAACAAGUUUCAGCCUCUUGUAGGUAAAACCGUAGAGUAUCUUUAUGAUCCAAAUAGUGGAGCUGAAGCUAUGCGUAUAGGGUGUAAGCUACUAGAGCAAGGUAAGCGCGUGGCCUUUGUUCUGACUAGCUGUGGUAUGGCUCGAGCAUUGGUAGAAAAAGUCUCUAAAUUGCAAACGCCAGAUAAUUCCCUUGUCAGAGCCCGUGCUUAUUAUGGUGAUAUGGACGGAAAACAACGAAAAAAAGACUUUUCAGAUAUAAAUACUGCUUGGGGUGAACUUGAUUGUGUAGCCUAUACAAGUACAGUAGAAGCGGGCAUAUCUUUUGAAAAGACUGAUCACUUUGAUGCAGUUAUAGGCAUUACAAAUAUUGUAACUCCAGUUAAUGUUGAAGCUUUUGUCCAAAUGAUGUUCCGAAUUCGUGAUUGUAAAAGGCGUAUAUUAUCCCUCUAUUAUCAAAGAAAUUCUAGUGAGCUUUUUCGCCCGCCAGGUUAUGAGAAUAUUCGUUCCGAACUGGAGAGUGCUCGACCUAAUGAUUUGCCUACAGCAAUAAGGGGACAUCGCGAAUGGGAUAAAAAUAUUAUAUCAUAUAAGCUUGAUCAGUCACCGGCCGUAAUAUCAUACCUUGAAGUUGAACAUCGGAAACGCCUUUCUGUAAGAAAUUUCAUCAAGAUAUCAUGCAGUCUCAUAGCUAGUACUGGCGCUUCUCUCCAACUAAUAAAAAUGGAUGACAGCCAAGGAGUUAUAGGGAAUCGUAAGAAAAUCCGCAAUGAGGUUAGGAUUGGAGCAUUAGUUAUCAAAGAAGCGGAUUUUAGCGCAGUUGCUACUUCCCGGAACCUUGAUCCUGAAGAAGCUGAAAUUCUUAAGUUUGAUCAAGAACGUUCUAUUGCAGAUACUAUGGCACUUAAACGUUUCUAUAUGUGGAAUCUUUAUGGCGGUAAAGAUAUGAGUACCAAAGAUUGGGAUGAUCUUUGCAAUAAGAAAUUCAUAGAACGUUUUAGUCCACCUGAACCUCGGAAACAUUUUCUGCGCCUAUCUCAAUUCCGGAAGCAAGGUUGCGAUGAAGAGAGUGCGAUGAAAGGAUUGGAAGCUAAAGAUAGUGCUCAGUGGGAAGAUACCUGUUAUAAAGCUGAAGAGAAUUUAGAAAAAUCAAUAAUAGAGGACUUGCGUAAAACUUAUUCGGCUAAUCAUUGGAAAGUUAUACAAGAACUUUUUAAGAUAUUGGGUUUUACCGGCAUAGAUGAUAAGCGUAUUCUUUCUGGUAGUAUGGUAUCAGAAGCGUUUACGCAAUCCUGUGAAAGAUUUAUAGAAAUUCGAGAUCAAUCCUUAUUGCUCUUUG